CCGAGGAGUUCUUUGUCUUGAAGGUGCACAUCUUCAGCUUCUUUAUUUUAUAUAUAUCUAUAUCUAUAUCUAUAUAUACAUAUACAUAUACACAUACACAUACACAUACACACAGCCCAGGCAGGCGCUGGUGACCAUGUCUGCUCCAAAGAAGGGAGACUUGUCCUCCAGCGAGAAGGAGUUGUUUCAGGUUAUUACCGCAGGAAAUGUUCAAGAGGCAUCAAGACUGUUGGGCUGUAAGGAUGUUCGAGUCAACUGUCUGGAUGAGUAUGGGAUGACCCCCCUGAUGCAUGCUGCCUACAAGGGAAAGGCUGACAUGUGUAAACUGCUGCUGCAACACGGAGCUGAUGUGAACUGCAACGAACAUGAGCAUGGCUACACAGCACUGAUGUUUGCCGGCCUGUCAGGAAAGACUGAUAUCACAUGGAUGAUGUUGGACGCAGGAGCUGAGACGGAUGUGGUCAACUCCGUCGGAAGGACGGCAGCUCAGAUGGCUGCCUUCGUUGGGCAACACGACUGUGUGACAGUCAUCAACAACUUCUUCUCCCGGGCAAGACUUGACUACUACACCAAGCCCCAGGGGUUGGAGAAGGAACCCAAAUUGCCUCCAAAGCUGGCAGGACCCCUUCAUAAGAUCAUCAUGAUCACCAACCUCAACCCUGUCAAGAUGGUGCUGAUGGUGAAGGACAAUCCGCUUCUGGCAGAGGUGGAGGCCCUGGAGAAAUGCCGGCGGGUGAUGGAGCUUAUCUGUGAGAAGUGCGUGACGCAACAGGAUAUGAAUGAGGUGCUGGCGAUGAAGAUGCACUACAUCAGCUGUGUGCUCGGCAAGUGUGCCUCCUUCCUCAAGGAGCGUAACGACAAGCUCGAUGGCCUCAUCAAAAGUUUGUUGAAGGGCAGAGAGAGCGAUGCCUUCCCAGUGUUUCAGGAGAAGUUUGUCAGAGAAUGCAUCCGCAAGUUCCCCUACUGCGAUUCCACCCUUCUUCAACAGCUGGUUCGCAGCAUCGCUCCCGUAGAGAUAGGUAAUGACCCCACAGCCAUCUCAGUCCUGACCCAAGCCAUCACAGGCCAGGUGGGCUUCAUGGAUGCAGAAUUCUGCACUUCCUGUGGGGAGAAGGGUGCCGAUAAGAGAUGCUCCAUCUGUAAAGUGGUGAUCUACUGUGACCAAGCCUGCCAGAAAAUGCACUGGUUCACCCACAAGAAGGUUUGCAAAAAGCUCAAGGAGCAAAGGGAGAAGCAGGAAGCGGAGUCGGCCAAGCUGAGAAAAGAGCACAGCAAAGAAAGUCCAGUUGUGCAGGAGGCCACGGACUCCCUGCAGAAGCUGUUGAUGACGCCCAGUAGUGAAGCCUCCUCAGACUGCCAGGCCUCAGCAGAGACUCCCAGUCCUGCUCUGCCCCCGUCGCCGACAGCUGAGGGGCGUGUGUGAGCCCCGUGCCCACAACUCACCGUUUUCCUACCCAACACACCACAGAAGCCCAGAGUGAACUGAUGAUAAGACUGGGAGCUAAACUGAGAUCUGGACUGUUUCAGCAGGGAAAGGACUCUAUUUAUCAAUGACUCAGUAUCACCACCAAAGCAGCACAUCACUAAUGCGACAAAGGAAGGGUUUGGGUCAGCGUGAUUUCUUCCCCUUCAUUUUUAGAUUUUAUUUCUUCCCAGUUGUUUCAUUUUAUAUGUGAAUAUGGAAAGUCUGUCGGCUGUAAUGUUUGUGUCGAGAGGACCGGGAGGAGCCAAAAUCGAAAAUGUGAGGAUAUGGUUGUCCACAUCCCUGAUAAAGACAAAAUUCUGCCUUAAGAAACUGUAGCGUACCGGAUGACAGUUGCCGACCAGCAGAUGAGCUGUUGCUUUCAAAUGUAAAAUAUAUACAGUGAAAUAUAUUUAUAGCUUUGCACGCUAAAUUACUCCCAAAAGCUGUUUUACUGGCAGUGUUUCAGUUGGGUCUUCCUCAGGCUAACUGAUCAAAAUGUGCCAAAUGAAAUAGCUUUUAGGAGCAGUGUAGUGUGCAGACCUGACUCCUUCAUUCUAGUUUUGCUAUUUUUGUCUUGCACCUUAAUAUUUUCUGGAUGUUUGCGUAGUUGGUUCCUCGUCAUAUAUUUAUAGCUUGUCACAGAAGUAUCAAGAUAGAUAUUUUACAUAAUGACAACCUCAUUGUGGAAUGUGAAUGGAUGGGAGGGCUGCACAAUAUUCACAAAAGCUGCAGUUUCCAUCAGUGGGAUUUCAAAUAUGAAUGCAGCUUUUCUUACAUGAAUUGGUUUUAAAAAGCCUUUUGAAAUAGUGUGAGGUAGGUAGUGGUGUCCAGAUGCUCAGGAUUUACUGGUUUUAAUGAAGGAAUUUUCCCCGGGAUGCAGCCUAGUUUGCUGAUGAGAGUCUAAAUUACUUAACGGUCUCUUGAUGUGGGCUCUUCUGGCUCUCCUCUUCAGAAUUGGCUCGUCCCAUUGCAAUACAGGAAUUGCAGCAGUCAGCGAUGGGAUGUGGAUGUGUUCCAGUUAAUUUUGCAGCCCUACAGACAGGCAAGGUAAGGUGUAAUGCACAGCUUUCCAGACGAGUCUGCGUCUGUUAAAAUGCUCAUGGAUCCAAGACUUGCCAACAAAAACUUGAAAAUAAAAAGAACCUCAUCGAGAUCUUACUGACUUCUUUUUGAGCUCAUAAUUGGGGCUGGAAGAAAGUAUUCAGCUUCU